CCAGUAUUUAACCACCUGCAUCCCUGGCUUCCCCGGUUCGACCAACCACCACCACCAUCCCCUCAGCCUAGAUCGAAUCCGUCGACCGUCGAGAGCGGCUAAGAAAAUUCCACCGCGCCCAUUGAUAUCCUUGAUAUUUCAAUUCUUCGCGCAACCGUCUCGGAAGGGUUCUUCAUCGUCGAUUGUGGAAGAGGUCCCAACAGGGAAACAAUUUUCCAUCAGAGAUGUCUUCCAGAUGUGUAAAAUAUCAGAGUGAAAGCGGCAUUUGCUUAAUACAAAUUUCCAUUCUUCUUGACAAAUUUGAGUAAAGUUUGUCACAACUUCUUCAGUGCAAGUGCCAUUGAAAUGGAAUGUGAUGUCGGUGAAAGCACUUCCCCAACUCAACCGAAAUGGAGAAAAGUUGCAUAUGGAGGAAUGCAACCUGGGUUUGAAGACAAUCACACCGACGAGUCGUUCCUUGAAGAUAUGGUUAUGAAUGCCAAUGUUGUCAAACGGAACAUGCUAAGGGUGAUGUUAGACUCAGUUUCCAUAUCCCAAUACCUAUGCAUUGUAGCUCUAGUGGUCAUUGUUUGGACCCUCACGCUUAGUUCGUCCAUAGAUGCAAAUUCUCUCUUGCUUCUUGACGUAAUCCUUCUUGGAUUAGGUUUCUUUGUUCUACUGUUAACUGCCGAAAUGCUCACAUUUAAUCUUCUUCUCAAUUACAUUCUCAAAUUCUCCUUUUUCAUAACUGGUUUAUACGUUUUGUCUCCUAUCUACCACACACUUACCCGGUCUAUAAGCUCAGACUCCAUAUGGGCACUAACGGUUUCACUAAUCACUCUCCAUCUCUUCCUCCAUGACUACUCUGGGUGUACUGUAAAAGCUCCAGGGGCUCCAGAACGUCCAUCAUUUAUGAGCAAUAUCUCAUUAAAUGCUUCUAUCGUUGCCUCUCUUUUGAUAGCUUCUCGUCUUCCGUCGAGGCUUCAUGUUUUUGCCAUUGUGCUGUUCUCCUUGCAAGUUUUCCUCUUUGCUCCCCUGGUUGUCUAUUGUAUCAAGAAAUAUUCAUUUCCAUUUCACCUUGUGUUCUCAGUAGGGUUGAUGGCUGUCACUUUGGCUUUUGCUUACAGGUUGCAUAGACUGGUUUUUGUGCUAUUGUUGAGUUUGUUUGUUUUUGUCAAUAUGGUCUGUCCUUAUUGGCUUAUAAGGAUACAGGAGUACAAGUUUGAGAUCAAUGGUCCUUGGGAUGAAGCAAAGCUCUGUUUUAACAUAACAGAGUGAGAAAAUUUCCCGCCUCGCUUCUUUUCUUCUUUCGUGUAGCUUACUAGCACUGCAAUUUAGCAAGAUUAGUCCUUGGUUGUCACUCUGUGGUUUGAAUGGAAUCCUACUGAAGAUUUUUGAAGAUUAAUGAGAAGUUCAGUUGCUCUUCA